UCUCCAUGCCACCGUCGCACAAUGCAGGAACGGACGAUUCGCCGAACGUGGUGUUCUUGUAUUCCCUGCUGCUACCAAACAUUUUGAGCUCUCCAAAGCCCGGCCACAGGGGCGCCGGCCUGAUUCUUUGGUGUACAGGUGCAACAACACAGCCAGCCGAGCAGCAAUUCGAGCUGCAUACUGUAGCAGCCAUCAUGUUGUUCAAGUGAGCAUUCCGCAACAACCUGCCCAUUGAUCGACGCCCCGCAGGACAGAGAAGAUCAAGCUCGAGAUCGACUGGCGCUCAUGUCUUCUGGUUUCUACCGUCCCUGUGUCCGAGUCUUUUGCCUAAUCUGCAACCGAUAUGGCGAGCUCUGGGUUGGAGUAACACUGAGUGGGUGAGAGCUGCAGGUCGAUUGAGUGAAUGAGACCACCAGAGCCUUUUCGCGGUCUCGGGAGGUUCGGUCUCAGGUCGAGAGUCGGUCGAGAGGACAGCAACGGCUAGCACUUUACGAGAGUCAGACAAGGCUAUCGUGCUCAACGCGAGCGAGCCAGUGAGAGAGAGCCAGUCAGUGAGAGGCUUGAUCGGAAUCUUUGCAUCGAGUCGAAGCUUCCCUUGGCUUCAUGCAUCUCGCCACGAAAGAAGAAAAAAAGAACAAGCAAGGAAACACGUUUUGCAAUUGAUGCAACGUUGAGCUGCACACUUCGUCUCAGCGAUCGUCUUCUGCAAGGUCGACUUUCACCCUCUCCGUCCACACAAAUUCCGCUUCCGCCACCUCAGUCUGAAGCUGUUAUCGUGGCCAAUCCCCCCGGCCGUGGGGUGCCGGUCAUCCCCCCAUGCUCCUCUGUGUGCGAGGAAUAUCCGGAGACGGAGAGAGCCACCCAGAUCGCCGCAGUUUUAAGCAAUCUACCCGCCUCGUAUUUAGCCGGGCAGGUCCUUAUUGGCGAUUAUGGAUCUUCGGUGGACACUCUGGAACGACUCGAGAAUUUCACUUCAUCCACAUGUCCGUGGGAAAUAUGGAGAAGAGGGCGACUUUGACGUCGUUUGAGGCCCUUUGCAGUGGAGUGCUGGAGUUACAUGAGGAUGUCGCUGCUCAACGUGAUCUCAACGCGGUGGCCAUGUGGAUUCUGGCCACAUGAAAGGUGAGGAAAUGUAUAAGGGGGCUUCUAUCCUGCCUGCUCCGCAUGCGCCCUCGUCUUGCCCUUGUCGUUCGCCCGGCACAAAAGUUGAGAUACAAGACCUCGCCGUGAACUCUCAUCAUUCUCACCGCCGGUGGCCUCCAAAAUGGCUGCUCACGAGGUCCCUCAGGACUACAUCCACGACUCUGACCAGAGUUCUUCGAUCGGUGUCAAGGUCGACGCUACAGAAUUUCAAGAAGACAUUGGAAAUGCCAGGACCUUGAGACGGGAGCCACCUCCGUACGUGAAGUCGCUCAGUCCAGAGGAGCGAAACAUCGCAGAGCGGGCCCUGGUUCGAAAGAUUGACUUACGACUGAUUCCUAUGAUUGUGAUCAUGUAUAUUCUCAACUACCUCGAUCGCAACAACAUUGCUGCAGCUAGACUGGCUGGUCUCGAGGAUGAGUUGAACCUUCAUGGCACUCAAUACCAGACAGCUGUUAGUAUUCUGUUCGUCGGCUAUCUCCUUAUGCAAAUUCCGUCCAACUUGUUCCUCAACAAAAUCGGUAAACCACGUCUCUAUCUGCCCACAGCCAUGAUUAUCUGGGGUACUAUUUCCGCCGCCACAGCUGCAGUCCAAUCCUUUGGAGGUCUAAUUGCCGUUCGAUUCUUUCUUGGUUUCGUCGAGGCGUGCUACUUUCCUGGCUGUUUAUACUUUCUCAGUGCGUGGUAUACUAGAAAGGAGCUAGGUUUUAGGACCGCGAUGUUAUAUUCAGGAUCCCUUAUCUCUGGUGCCUUCUCUGGACUCAUCGCAGCAGGGAUCACGAAGAACAUGGAUGGCACCGCGGGCUUAAGAGCCUGGAGAUGGCUGUUUAUCAUUGAAGGCUGCGUCACCAUUGUGGUUGCAUUCGUGGCAAUCUUUAUCCUGCCAAACUUUCCUCGAACAACGCCUUGGCUGAAUGCACAAGAGAAGGAGCUGGCUGUGUGGCGUCUUGAGGAGGAUAUUGGGGAGGACGAUUGGGUCGGUGUCGAAGAGCAGACCUUCUGGCAUGGAUUCAAGCUUGCGGUCAAAGAUAUCAAGAUGUGGAUCAUGAUGCUCAUGCUCUUCUGCAUUGUGGCGUCCGGCUCCGUGACAAACUUCUUCCCGACUGUUGUCCAGACGCUCGGAUACGGCGACAUCGCCUCCCUGCUGCUCACCGCACCACCCUACGUCCUCUGCGUCAUCACGGCGUUUUUCAACGCCUGGCACGCCGACCGCACGGGCGAGCGCUUCUUCCACGUCACGUUGCCGCUCUAUGUGGCCGUCGGGUCGUUCAUCCUCGCCGCCGCAACGACCGCAACCGCUCCGCGCUAUCUUGCCAUGAUGCUCAUGGUCCCCGGCGUGUAUACGGGCUACGUCGUGGCGCUGGGCUGGAUCAGCAACACGAUGCCUCGACCGCCGGCCAAGCGCGCGGCCGCCCUCGCGGCGAUCAAUGCCGUCAGCAACACCUCGUCCAUCUACGCGAGCUACAUGUUCCCCAAGAGCGACGGGCCGCGGUACGUGCUGGCCAUGAGCGUCUGCUCCGCGACGGCCUUCAUCGCCAUCUGCGCCGCGACCGUGCUGAGGCUCAUCCUGGCCCGGCUGAACCGCAAGCUGGACCGCGGCGAGUGGGUCGAGGGCGCCAUCAAUUCUCCCGCCGCCGCCAGGGAUGGCAAAGCCGUGGGCAACAAUGUGCUCGUCCAGGAAGGGGCGGUGCCGGCGGAGGCGGCCGCCAGAGGGUUCCGGUUCUUGUUGUAGGCCUUGUAUGAACUCUCUCUGGUGCUGUCCUAGUGCCCGGUUCAUGGACUGGGUUCGGAAUCAUGACCUAUUGCGGAUAGAAUGACAGACGGCACGAGCCAUCUAGACAUAGACAUAGUGGACUAUCACAAUGAUCGACGAACGUUUCAACUAUGAUCGCAAUGACGAUAGCGGUGACCCAUGUCAAAGGUGCCAGGCCGGCCGUAGCAAGACGGUCUAACCACACAGAAAAGUCAACAACGUUCCAUGCACGCCCUGUCUCUCUGUACAGCGUUCUUAUAUAUCGCCGCCAUAGUGGGAUAAGAGAUGGCGGAUUACCAUAAUAUCCCUGCUUGGUAUGGCAGCUUGAUCUCAAUAGCAGAGCUAGCUCUGAUCUUG